AUGUCCGAUCGAGAGCGAAUUCUCCAGGAGGAAAGGCUCAUAAAGAGCAUGAAAAAUAAGCUGCUCGCUUUGCCGGAAGAAUACAAAUACGAACGGUUGCGGGUUGGCUACCGCCCAGAGCAAGAUGGCUGGAAGGUUAGAAUAGUGUAUGCUUUGGAUAAUCCUCAAAGGGCCAAGGAGGUUAAGAGAGUGUAUGCUUCGGAUGAUCCUCGAAUAAACUUGGAGGUUACGGUAGUGUAUACUUCGGAUACUCCUCCAAGGGACGCCGUUACCGUUGUGGACUGGACAAAGUGGCAUCCUGCAGUUAUAUAUGCCCUGUACGCGCUAGACGCGAAGGUCGACGAAAUGUGCGCCGACGUUGAAAGCGUCAAAUUGAAGCGCCUAGCCGAGUCUCUCCAUCCGAAGGACGUAAGGCAUCCCAAAGGGGACGAUCUAGAAAUAUUUGUUACAGCUAAAACCUACUGGAGUGCGGAACUGGUGCGCAGAGGGGAGCCCCCGGAAGUCAUUGCUCGCGGGCGAGAGAGCGACUCACAUUUUUGGGCAAUCAGAGACCUCGGGGUAACCAUGAGCAAAGGACCUGAGAGAAAGAAGCCAGAGAAACAACUGGAGACCGAACAGGCGGCGGACGUGUCGAAGCAUAGAGCAGACGCGGGAGGACGGAAUUACCCGACGAAGGAGGGCAAUGAGAGAGGGCGGCGACAUAAGCUUUAUGAGCCGCGUUCAUCGCAUGGCAGGCGUAGGAGAAGAGAGUGGCGAAGAAAGGGUUGA